UUGAACAUGAAAUUAAAGCAUAUUGCGCACAAUUUCGUAGAUUGGGCUUCUAUCUACGAGAUUAUAUCGAUUGUUGUGUUAAUGAGGGUUGUAGAGCCGAGCAAUGAGCAUUAUAUCUUGUAACAUUCGCAAGGGCCUAUCGUGCGAUAUGCCCUAAUCACAUGUUACUACCGAAUUAUUGUGUUUAUGUUGAUGGUUACGGCUAUAGUCUGUUAUACGAUGGAGUAAUUAUUACUUCAUGGGAGAUUUCAUGCAUCUCGUCUACGUUUAAUAUAAUGUGCAUCGAACAAGUUCGUUUGUCGUUCGUAUAUUUUUAUGUUUUAAUAUCGAGCAGCAUAUGUUAUUUAGUUGUGCAACUAUGCAGGUUCUACAAUUUUUUUUUCUAAUAUAGUUAAACGCAACCCAUGGACGCUACCGAUUUUCUUCUGGGUGGAGUGGCCUCGAUGGCUGCAACCUUGUUCAUAAAUCCGUUGGAAGUUAUUAAAACUCGCAUGCAAUUACAAGGAGAACUUUUAACCAAAGGAACAUACGCUAAGCCGUACAAGAAUAUUUUGGAUGCGUUUAUUACUAUUGCUAAAAAUGACGGUUAUUGGGCAUUGCAAAAAGGUUUAGCGCCGUCUCUGUGUUUCCAAUUUGUCAUUAAUGCUGUCCGAUUAGGUGUAUAUAACACGGCAUAUGAAACUGGUCUCACUAAAACCAAGAACGGAAGACAAUCUAUUUGGAAAUGUGCCUUUUGGGGUGGAACUGGCGGUUUUAUUGGUUCGGCUCUAGCAAGUCCUUUUUUCAUGCUUCGAACACAUCUGCAAUCACAAGCAGCUACGCAAAUUGCGGUCGGUUAUCAACAUAAACACAGUGGAAUGCUUAGUGCUUUGAAGAACAUUUUUCUCAUGCAUGGAAUAAAAGGUUUGUAUCGAGGAGUUGCUGUCACUAUGCCUCGGGCCAUGUUGGGUAGUGGAGGACAGCUGGCAGGAUACGGUUAUACCAAGGAUUUACUUACUAGAUAUCCUCUAAACUCGAAUCAAACCGAUCGAAUAGUAUCUUUUCUGUCCGGAAUAAUGGCUGGAACUGUUAUGGCAAUAACUAUGACUCCUCCAGAUGUGAUAGCCACUCGAUUAUAUAACCAAGGAGUAGAUAGUAAAGGAAAAGGAAUUUACUAUAAAGGUGUCGUUGAUUGCUGCUUCAAAAUUUUGAAAACCGAGGGUGUUGCUGGUUUAUAUAAAGGAUUCUGGCCGCAUUAUAUGCGUAUUGGGCCACAUUCUAUGCUUGUGUUAGUGUUUUUCGACGAGCUUAAAAAUGUUCGAAAAUACUAUUACAGCCAACAAAUGCGGAAAAGCUGAUGUGUGAUGUUAUGCUAAUAGUCCAUAUAUUAAAUGUUAUGUUACUACCGC